GAAAUUCACGUUGUUUAGUUGUUGCUCGCGGAAGAUCCUAUAACCUCAAACGUAGGAAUUUUAACCUCUCCGCCUGGAAAUAUCGAUGGAACGAGGUUCUUUCUCGUGUAAAUAAAUUUCUCGCGUGUCUCAGACAAAUCGCACGUCUUUCCCAGAUGGUUCGCCGAAAAUAAACCUUCGCGAACGUUGCGUCUGGAUCCACGUCGUCUAUAAUACGAUGCGCGAGCGGCUCCUGGAUCAUUAUGAGAGUGAACGCUGAAUGAGUUGAACCGCAAACUACAAUUUUUAAUUGCAGUGGCAAAACUUGAGAGAAGAUUUAAUUGCUCUCUGUCUCGAAAACUGGUUUUAAAACUAAGUUGGUCAAUUAUAAAUUGUCACCAGACGAAAGACUUAUUCCACCAUGACGAAGCCAGAUAUGACUGCACAAGAAUGGAAAGAGAAGGGUAACGAAGAGUUUAACAAAGGCAAUUGGUCAGAAGCCUUGAGUCACUACACGAACGCAUUGAAACUAGUAAAAGAGGACAACGCUGAGAAAGCAGUGUACUACAAAAAUCGAGCAGCCGCUUGUUUAAAGCUGCGCGAUUACGAAAAAGUGAUUAGUGACUGCGACAGUGCAUUGAAGAUAUGUUCUAACGAUCCCAAGGCAUUGUUUCGCAGAUGUCAAGCGCUAGAAGCGUUAGAGAGAUUCGAGGAGGCAUAUCGAGACGCGAGGAAUAUUAUUUUAUCUGACCCCAACAACAAAGUUGUUCAGCCCAUAGCAGCGCGCUUACAUGAAAUUGUACAAGAACGUCAUAAGGAAAAUUCACGUAUUAGUGCCAAGGUAUCACAAAUGCUGGAUCUAGCAUUUAACAUGAACGCAGAUAAGGAGAAACGUGAAACUGCCAUGAAUAAUCUGCUUGUGCUCUCACGUGAGAGAGCUGGUGCCGAGGAGAUUUUCAAAAAGGGAGGUGUAUCCAAAAUCGCCCAAUUUGUAAAAGUUGAAAAGAGCGAUGAAAUGAUCUGUAGCGCGAUUCGUAUCAUAAGCGAGUUGUGCAAGAACAAUAUUAGUCGAACCAAGUCCAUUAUAAAAGACGUCGGUUUGCCUUGGUGUUUGGAAAUGAUGAAUAGCAGGUCUAAAGAGAGAGUCAACGCGUCUCAAUAUUGUAUACAGACUAUAUUGAACGCUUAUAGCGGCAUGACUAAUAAGCCUGAUUCAAAACCCGACAAGGAUUUGUGUGAGACACAUAAGAAGGAAAUGGACACGAUUCUGUCGUGCUUGUUGUACAGUGUCACGAAUAGAACGAUAACAGGCCUUGCUAGAGAUGCGAUAAUAGAACUUAUUAUGCGUAACAUUCAUUAUACUGCGUUAGACUGGGCCGAACGAUUGGUCGAGCUUCGCGGUUUGCAAAGAUUGAUGGAGGUGGCCAGUGAAAUGGAGGAAUACAAAUACGAAUCUUCGAUGGACAUCACGUCUUCCACACGAACUAUAACCAGUGUGUGCUUAGCAAAAAUAUAUGAAAACAUGUAUUAUGAUGCUGCUAAGGAAAAAUUCAGCAACGCCAUUGAUGAAUUUAUCAAAGAUAAAUUGCUUUCGCCUGACAUAGAAUCCAAGGUACGUGUAGUAGUUGCAAUAACGACCUUGUUAUUGGGCCCGUUAGACGUUGGAAACGCAGUUGUGGCUAAAGAAGGGAUUUUAGAGAUGAUCCUUGUUAUGGCGGGAACAGAUGACGUAUUGCAGCAGAAAGUAGCUUGCGAAUGUAUCGUUGCCGCUGCGACUAAAAAAGACAAGGCUACCGCAAUCAUAAAUCAAGGUGUAAAUAUAUUGAAGAAGCUAUAUCAAUCUAAGGAUGAUUCAAUUCGGGUUCGAGCAUUAGUCGGUUUAUGCAAGUUGGGCAGUUCUGGAGGCACAGACGCGACUAUCAGACCGUUCGCGGAUGGAGCGACGAAGAAGUUGGCCGAGGCUUGCAGACGAUUCUUAAUAAAUCCCAAGAAGGACAAAGAUAUGAGAAAAUGGGCCGUAGAAGGUCUGUCGUACCUCACUUUUGACGCCGAGGUCAAAGAGAAGCUGAUCGAAGACCAGCAAGCCGUUCAAGCGAUGAUCGAGCUCGCCAAGACUGGCGAUCAGUCCGUUCUCUACGGCGUGGUCACAACGUUGGUGAACCUGUGCAAUGCUUACGACAAGCAAGAACUCAUACCCGAGAUGAUAGAAUUGGCAAAGUUCGCUAAACAUCAUAUUCCCGAAGAACACGAACUGGACGAUGUUGACUUCGUGAGUAAGAGACUGUGCGCGUUAGCGAAGGCCGGUGUGACCAGCGCUCUGGUGAGCCUCGCCAAAACGGACAGCCAGAAUAGCAAGGAAUUGAUAGCCCGCGUUUUCAACGCGAUAUGCAGUCAACAGGAGGUGAGAGGAAUAGUUGUUCAACAGGGCGGCACGAAGGCACUGUUGCCGUUAGCGCUGGAUGGCACGGACAAGGGAAAGAAGCAAGCCUCGCAAGCUCUGGCUCGUCUGGGAAUCACGAUAAAUCCGGAGGUCGCGUUUCCCGGGCAGAGAAUCAUGGAGGUUGUUCGACCGUUCGUAAAUCUUCUAAACCCGGAGUGUUCCGCUCUCGAGAAUUUCGAGAGUCUAAUGGCUCUGUGCAAUCUAGCUGGUGUCAACGACAGCGUGCGAAAACGUAUAUUGAAGGAGGGAGGAUUUCAGAAGAUCGAGGCCUACAUGUACGAGGAGCACGACAUGUUGAGACGCGCGGCCACACAAGUUGUAAACAAUUUGAUGCUGUGCGAUGAAGUGAUCCAAUUAUUCGAGCAGGAAAACGAUCGAGUUAAGUAUCUUGUGAUAUUGUGCGAGGACGAGGAUGAAGAAACUAGCAUAGCAGCGGCUGGAGCAUUAGCGAUGUUGGCGUCGGCUAGCAAAAAGGCUUGCGAGAAAGUCUUCGACUCAAAAGAUUGGUUGGAAUCCUUGCGCUUUUUACUCGCUAAUCCAAACGUUGACAUACAACACCGGGGUAUCGUAAUUGUGCUAAAUAUGAUGAGAAGCACGAAAGACGUUGCUGCAAAACUCAUCGAAACGGACAUAAUGGAACUACUGAUGGCAUUGAGCAAAAACGAUACGCAAAAGAAGGAGAUCAAGGAAUUGGCAUCCAGUGCUUUAGAGGCUGCUACGGAAUGGAAACUAAUCAAGAAAAACGUUGAAGAAAACGAACCGUCACAAAGUACUGGUAAUACAGAACAUGUCGAAGAAAACGAACCGUCACAAAGUACUGGUACAGAACACGUCGAAGAAAACAAACCGUCACAAAGUAUUGGUAACACAGAACACGUCGAUUAAAAAUCAUGUGUGAGCAUUGAGAUCUACAUGUCACAUAUCUUCCUCAUAUUUCAUAUCAAGUGCCUUAAAUAAUAAAAUAAAUGUUACGAUUAAAUUGCAAUUUUGUCGUUUCAAACGUAUUCGGGCAAUCAUGUAAUUAUAUUUGUGUUUAUGUAUUUUUAAAUAUGAUUGCCGUGCACAGGAUACAUACAGCUUAUUUGUUGUCCAAAUUUGCUGAGCCGGAAUAUUAAUAUGUUGUAUGAAGUAAUACACAAAGAUACUGUAUAAAAUAUUUUAUUGAAUUAGCUAUACAUAUAUUUAGCAUCGUGAAAUCAUAUAUAAUUAGGAGGGAAAAUCAUUAUUGCGCAUCUAUUUGUAUGAGAAGAGUAUUAUUUAAAUACAAUAUUAUAUAUUUAGAGAUAAUAUUGUACAUAGUUGUGCUAUAUAACGAAAGUCGUCUAUUUAACAACCAUGAACACAUUUACAAGUUUUUUUUAUAAAAAUUAAAUAUCAAAUAUCCGAAAAACAACGAAUAAUAAAUGUAUUUGAAUAACAAAUCAUGCGAGAUGCCAUAAAAGAUGCCAAUAUGUCAAGAGAUAAUAAUUUUUCAUUACUUUCCUAAUUUCAACGUGCAUUAUAUUAAUAAGUCUCAAAAUUAUGUAUUAUAUAUAUUAUGCUAUAUAAAAUAUAAAGACGUUCUUAAUUUUCUACAAUUUACUUAAUAGUUUGAAAACUUAUCUUAACUGAUAUUGAAAGCAAUAAAUAAACGUAAUAAACUAAAGCUGUAAUUUUAACCAAUUAUUGUAAACAUGUUCCUUUCAAAUGUUUUAAAACAUAUGCAUAUCUGAGACAUGCACCAGUAUCUCACGAAUUCAAAACUGGAUGAGACAGUGCUUGCUCUGCUAUAAUACGUGUCUUGCAAUCUAGAUCUAGAAGUUUCAUUAAACGAUUGUAUGGUUGUAUGGCAAAAUAAAGGAAUUGUACAUUGUA